GAACGUCCAGCCUGGCAAGCCAACCAGGUGUUCAACAACCCGGCAACUUUGCUCGAAGAGAAAAGCAUCAUGCUCUCCAACCGGCAAUCCAGCAGCGGAUUGGCCAUGCUCCAAGGCUGGAAAGCCACUCAAGUCUGUCCGCCGGCUCAUCAAGAUUGGCAAACUAGCGCUAAAAAUAGUUCAGAGGAAGCCCACAAAAAGUUGAAAGGAAAACAUAACGGUAAGAAAAACGAGAACGACAAGAGACAACUGGCCGUCGGCGGAUCGACUGGAUCAGCUGCUGAGCAGCGCGCAACUCGCAAAGGUCGCCAACGAUCAACCGGCCAAGGUGAGAGAAUCAAACGACAACAACAACAUCAUCAACAACAACAAGGAGGAGGCCGUCGUGAAUUCCCGGAUCAGCCAUUCCGUCGCUGCGGAGACGACGGCAAAUGGAAAGGAAAGUUGGGAUUCUGUCAAGGUACAAAAAUUUGACCGGA